GAGACAGAUUCGAGUAUACUUCACACAUCGUACGAGAUGAGUUCUCCAUCGUUCAUCUUACCAGAUAGCCCACCACAGCGCAUCCUCAACUACUGGCAGCGGAAAGCUGCCCUCGCUGCUGAGUCGUCCGCUACCGCAGCCGCCCCCUCACCGCUCAGCGUGGAACCACCAUCACCAGCCGGGGAGAUCAUCGUUGGGGACAGCCCUCUUCAACGUCUAGCUCCAGCACCUACCUGGGCACCGCGGCAUGCGGUGCUAGCUACCCUCUCGAACAACAUCAAGCAGAAGCAGGCGAAGAGGAAGUUGGUGUUUGAGGAGGAGCCUGAGGUUAGCGGGGAUGAGGAGGAGGAGUCAAUCUACUCUCAAACAAAGAAACGAGCUGUAAUGGAGCAUGACUCCUCACUCGCCCCGCUAAUGAAGGAGGUGGAGGGCGCGGGAGAGUUGGACUUUGUCCAACUCAUAAACAAACCUCUACCCAAACCGUGGAUCCCGCUGAGGGAGUUGAAGGAGGAUCUACCGUACCCCAUCAUCGGAGCUCGAGAGGACACCAAUAAACACGGUCGACAUGAUGAUUCACACAUACUCAAGAUACUGUUGGAAUUUCAUGGGAAUAUGUCAACAACUAGGGGUGGUAAGGGGUUGAAAACCCUAUUGACCAGCAUAAAAACUGAUUGA